AGUGUCACGCUCACGAAUUUAGCUAUUUCAAAAUGGCGGACGAUAUGUUCGCGGAUUUGUGGGUAGGCAGUGAAACUGGAUUUCUCAAAUCUGUUGAUUUGAAGAAGGGUUCUUUCAAGAAUGCGGACGAAUUACAAGGGGCUGAGGGAAGGAAAGACAACGAAAUAUGCGCAAUGUGCUGGCUCAACGGUCAAGAUAGUGAGAUGCUGGUCGGUUUAAGGAGUGGUGUUGUAAAAACAUAUAAUUCUGACCAAAAUACUGUGGUAUCAGAACAUUGUAGUCUUGAGCCUGGUGAUGUCCUUAAAGGAAUGUGCAUUGAUGGAAGCUUCCUGGCUACCUGUGGUGAAAGUGGGCUUGCAAGAGUAUGGAAUAAGAAUGAAUGGGAAAAGAAGGCAGAAUUCAAAGUGGGCAGUCAUGUAUCAGCAUUUAAACAAAACCCCAGCAGCCUCAACCAAGUAGGGAGUGGUGGGAGAGAGAAUGAUCUUAAACUGUGGAAUCUUGAAAACCCAGGACAAGCCACAUUCAAAGCUAAGAAUGUGCGUAAUGACUCGCUGGAUCUGCGUGUACCGGUAUGGGUGACAGACAUCGCAUUUCUUGACUCUGCAUCGCCAUCACCAACAGUUGUCACUGGCUCUGGUUACCACAGCCUCAGAGUCUAUGACACAACGGCUCAGAAACGACCUGUGUUAACAAUGGACCUUGGGGAAUGCCCAAUAUCAAGCAUUGCAAUACCAGGUGAUGAGAAUUUAAUAAUUGCUGGUAACACAGAAGGGACCCUUGCAGCCAUUGAUAUCAGGAAAGGAAAGGUCGUUGGGCAUUUUAAAGGCUUUGCCGGCGGAAUUCGCUGCGUUGCCUGUGACAUAAAGCAUGGUCUUGUUGCUGCUUGCGGCCUGGACAGAUUUGUGAGAGUGUAUGAUACCAAAACAAGGCAGCUUCAACAGAAGGUCUAUCUGAAGUCACGACUCAACUACAUACUUUUUGCAAACAAGGAAAGGCCAAGUGAUGUUGCUGCAGACCCCGCAGUGGACGGUGAUCUAGAGCCCAAUACAAGAUCGUUGGACGGUGAUAACUCAAAUGAGGAUGACGAUGAACUGUGGGCAAACAUGGAAGAAGUUUCUACCCAACCCAAGAGGCGGAGUAAAAAUCCCACAACCGACAAAUCCACUAAAAGUACGAUUUCUCUUUUUCCCCUUGCCAUAUUUAAAAUGUCAGCAUACUGCUAUUUCCUUACGAUUUCUGUUGAUAUAUUAUCUCUGCAAUGACUUUUGUUGAUUGUUUCUUCUUGGAUUUUAGAACUUAAGAAAGCGAAGAAGAGUAAAAAGAGUCUUGACGGACCCUUGUGACGGAUCACUCGCAGUCGAGCUGAAAAGGUUUAGGGGAACAUAAAAGCGACCGAUUGGAUUUUUAUGCAUAAUAAUACCGACCAUUCACCCACUUUUUACAAUUCUUUCCUGUAUAUCCACUCUCACAGGAACACGUGAAUGAAGGUGUCGUCGCAUUUGAUCGGGGUAAUAAGGGGGCCUUUGGCAUGGGGAUGCUCGACGGAGAAAUUCAGAAAUAACUAUGAAUGGACGCGUCACGUCUAUAAGAUACUAAUACCGACUUCACUAGAUUGUAGUUCGAAUGCUCUCAUAUAAAAAAUAUAAAUACACCAA